UCCUCUCCUCUCCUGCCCCCCUCGCUUUCCUCUCUCCCAUCACCCGCCGACGCCGACCGCCGCGGGAGGUCGGGGGGUCCCCGGGGCGCCGUCUCCCAAGAAAUGGAUGCCUGUUAUUCAACACAGCUUAUUGACGGAGAUGGAGUAUUCAAUGUUUCUGGAUUGGAGAACUUCAUGAAGGAAGUUAAAAUGGCUGAAUGUGGGCUUUCAUACGCUGUCGUGUCAAUAAUGGGUCCGCAAAGUAGUGGAAAGAGUACACUUUUAAAUCAUCUUUUCAGAACCAAUUUUAGGGAAAUGGAUGCUUUUAAAGGAAGGUCGCAGACUACAAAAGGUAUAUGGUUGGCGAAGGCCCAUAAUAUUGAACCAUGUACCCUUGUGAUGGAUUUGGAAGGGACUGAUGGCCGAGAGAGGGGAGAGGAUGACACAGCCUUUGAAAAACAAAGUGCAUUGUUUGCUUUGGCUGUUUCAGAUAUUGUGUUGAUCAAUAUGUGGUGUCAUGAUAUUGGUAGAGAACAGGCUGCCAACAAACCUCUUUUGAAGACUGUUUUCCAAGUCAUGAUGAGGUUGUUCAGUCCACGUAAAACAACAUUGUUGUUUGUUAUUCGUGACAAAUCAAAGACACCUUUGGAAAAUCUUGAACCUAUCCUAAGGGAAGAUAUUCAGAAGAUAUGGGAUGGUGUCCCUAAACCUCAUGCUCACAAGGAAACUCCACUGAGUGAAUUUUUCAAUGUUGAAGUUGUGGCCCUCUCCAGUUAUGAGGAAAAGGAGGAGUUAUUCAAAGAGCAGGUUGUCAGUUUAAGAGAUAGGUUCCAACAUUCUAUUGCUCCUGGUGGACUUGCUGGAGAUCGGCGGGGGGUCGUCCCAGCAUCUGGUUUUUCUUUCAGUUCACAACAAUUUUGGAAGGUCAUUAAGGAGAAUAAAGACCUUGAUCUACCUGCACAUAAAGUUAUGGUCGCUACUGUACGCUGCGAGGAAAUUGGUAACGAGAAAAUUGCCAGUUUUACAGAUGAUGAGGAAUGGCAACAAUUUGAGGAGGCUGUUCAAAAUGACUAUGUGCCUGGGUUUGGGAAAAAGAUCAGCAGCCUUCUUGACAGAUGCUUAUCAGAGUAUGACAUGGAGGCUAUUUAUUUUGAUGAAGGUGUCAGAACUUCGAAAAGGCACCAACUUGAGUCUAAACUUUUGCAGCUUGUCAACCCUGCAUACCAAAAUCUUUUGGAUCAUUUACGGGCUAGAACUUUAGAAGCAUUCAAGGAGUCCUUUGACAAGUCCCUAGAAACUGAGGGUUUUGCUGUUGCUGCUCGUGACUGUACUAAAGUUUUCUUGGGGAAGUUUGAUAAAGGAUCUGAAGAUGCUGCUAUCCAGCAAGUGAAAUGGGACCCGUCAAAAAUUAAGGAUAAGCUUAAGCGUGACAUUGAGGCACAUGUGGCAUCAGUUCGUGCCAAAAAGCUAUCUGAACUUUGUGCCAAAUAUGAGGGGCAACUUACCAAAGCAUUGGCAGAACCAGUUGAAGCUCUUCUAGAUUCAGCCAGUGAAGAAACCUGGCCAGCAAUUAGGAAACUCCUUCAACGUGAGACAAAAUCUGCUGUUUCAGGUUUUGAGUCUGCCAUGGCAUCUUUUGAACUUGAUGAAGCGACUCAGAAUGAAUUGCUUUCAAAGCUGGAGAAUCAUGGAAGGACUGUUGUUGAAUCAAAGGCAAAAGAGGAAGCUGCAAGGGUCUUGAUUCGGAUGAAGGAUAGGUUCUCAACGCUAUUCAGCCGUGAUGCUGACUCAAUGCCAAGAGUAUGGACUGGGAAGGAGGACAUAAAAGCCAUUACUAAAACUGCUCGCUCAGCUUCUAUGAAAUUGCUUUCUACAAUGGCUGCAAUUCGAUUGGAGGAGGACAGUGACAACAUUGAGAACACACUGUCCCUUGCUCUAGUUGACACAGCAAGGCCAGGUACUACAGAUAGGAGCAUCCAAUCGUUUGAUCCACUUGCCUCCAGCUCGUGGGAAAGGGUUCCAGAGGAGAAGACUUUAAUUACACCUGUCCAGUGCAAAUCUUUGUGGAGACAAUUCAAGGCUGAAACCGAAUAUACUGUUACUCAGGCCAUAGCUGCUCAGGAAGCAAAUAAGAGGAACAACAACUGGCUGCCACCUCCAUGGGCACUUGCUGCAAUGGCUAUUCUUGGAUUCAAUGAGUUCAUGACAUUAUUAAAGAAUCCGCUUUACCUGGGUGUGAUAUUUGUUGUUUUCCUUGUUGGAAAAGCCAUGUGGGUACAGCUAGACAUUGCCAAGGAGUUCCAAAAUGGAUUCCUUCCAGCCCUCCUUUCACUGUCCACAAAAUUCGUUCCCACAAUAAUGAACAUUCUGAAGAGAUUAGCUGAUGAGGGGCAGAGACCUGCUGCCCCAGAGAGGCAAAGAGAAAUGGAACUCCAACCAAAAUCCACAAGGAAUGGUUCACACAGCAAUGUGACAUCGGCAGGGUCAUCCAGCAUAACCUCUUCGGAGAGUGGACCUGAAUAUUCAAGCCCGAUAGCACACUGAUCAGUCAUCAGUUCCUCUCUAGCUUUUAGCUGAAAACCCCAGCAGUUGGUAGUUUCAGCGGCUGAUACUGAAGCGCCUUGCGGUUUUUGUAAGCUUGCCCUUCCCAAUCUGAUGUACGACGAAAUUCGAUGGCCCCAAGCAAGAGGUUAUUUAUGGGAUUUUGGGCCAGGGAGUUUGUUUGUAAGAAACACUGUAGAAUAUCUUUCAUUUCAUUUUUUUUUGUAACAGCUUUAUAUAUGAUGGUUGUAUAGAAGAUUUGUGGUUCUUAUCAUCUCAACCCAAGGAGACCAGGGGAGCACAGCAGUGCAUUCUACAUUACUAUAUAUAGAGUUGAUUGCACAGACACGAGAAAGUAUGUACAUGUCUUGAAACUGCAGUCACCGUCUUGCUUAAAACAAGAAUGUAUUGCGAUUUUGUGAGCCGUUUGCAAA